CAGGUUCUCUAUGAGCGAUCUGAACAUUGCUUGUGACUGAAUACCUCUGGCAGAGCCAUGAAAUUGGGAGAAAAUGAAGGACUCGUCUUUCGAGAUGUAGAAUCUGCUAAAUUUGAUAACCACAGCUGCGGCAGAUCAGAGGGUCUGCGAAGUACAAAUUCCAUAAUUAUUUCUCAGCCGGCGAAUCGAAGCAUCUUCAGUAAUAACAUCUCUCCCACCACAGAAGAAGUUGAGUUUUUGUUUGGAGAACAGGGAGAGGGUGAAAACGAGGAAACCCACCCGCUGUUAUUUACUCAAUUAAAUGAACUUUUCACUGUACAUGAAAAUGUGGAAUGGAGGGAAACUGCAAGAUGGAUUCGUUUUGAAGAGAAAACUGAAGAUGGUGGUGAAAGAUGGAGCAAACCUCAUGUUACUACCCUGUCCUUACAUAGUUUAUUUGAACUAAAAACAUGUAUUGAACGAGGAACACUACUGCUGGAUAUAGAAAAAUCUACUUUUAAAGAAAUAUUAGAAUGUGUAACAAAUAUAAACAUUGCCAACAAUUCAAUAAAUCAAGAGGAGAAAGAAAAAAUCAUUCAUCUUCUUUGCCAAAAACAUGUUCAUCAAACAAAAAAGUCACGAAGAAAAACAAUGGCAGAGAUUUGUUUAUCAUCAUGUUCAUCAUGUCCAGGUAGAGCUACAUCUCAAAAAAGUACAAUUGCUGAACUUUCAGAAAAGCCUUUAAAAGAACAGUUAUUGAACAGGUUUAGAAAGAAAAUACCCGAAGGAACAGAAGCAGCAAAUAUUCUUGUUGGUGAAGUGGAUUUUUUGGAUCAGCCAUUUGUCUCUUUUAUCAGACUAAAAGAAGCCAGAGUGCUCGGCUCUCUCACAGAGGUGGUACUCCCCAGCAGGUUCAUUUUUAUACUUCUUGGUCCAAAAAUUAAGACGAAGGCCUAUCAUGAGAUCGGAAGAGCAAUUGCCACUUUACUCACGGACGAGUUAUUCCAGAAAACUGCAUACAAGGCUCUGAGUAGGUCUGGGCUACUGGCUGGAAUCGAUGAGUUUUUAGAUGAGCUCAGUAUUUUGCCUCCUGGAAAAUGGGAUCCAACUGUACGAAUUCAACCUCCAAAAUUUCUGCCUUCACCACACAAAAGAAAGUUAAUGUUAUUGCGAGGAAAUAAACUGCCCUGCGGUGAGAAUGGCAAUGCUUUCCAUCAGGAGGAGAAACUGGCACAUGGGCAUCCUCACGCCAGCGAGGAGCUGAAAAGAACUGGCAGGAUAUUUGGUGGUCUCAUAAAAGAUGUGAAGAGGAAGGCCCCGUGGUAUUGGAGUGACUUUUAUGAUGGUCUCAAUAUGCAAUGUCUCUCUAGUAUCUUGUUUAUAUAUCUGGUAACGGUUACCAAUUCCAUCACUUUUGGUGGUAUGCUGGGAGACGCUACUGACAACAUGCAGGGAGUCCUUGAAAAUUUCCUUGGUACUGCAAUCAGCGGUGGGCUAUUUUGUCUGUUCAGUGGCCAGCCUCUUACUAUCCUGAGCAGCACAGGGCCAGUCCUGGUCUUCGAAAGACUUUUGUUUCGCUUUAGCAAAGAUUAUGAAUUUGAAUACUUGGAAUUUCGCCUGUGGAUUGGACUUUGGGUGGCGUUUUACUGCCUAAUAUUGGUUGCUACGGAUGCCAGCUACCUGGUGCAGUAUUUCACUCGCUUUACAGAAGAAAGCUUUUGCGCUCUCAUCAGCCUCAUUUUUAUUUAUGAUGCAAUAAAGAAGAUGCUGAAUUUAGCAGAUCAAUUCCCCAUUAAUUGGGAAUACUCCAUUAACCACAUGACCCAGUACAGCUGCCAGUGUAGCUUGUCAGACUUCGGAAAUUAUACUUCCGUCAAUUCAACAAUGUACAGCAGCAACAAUUCCUCUUUAUAUGAGAAGAUUGAAGAUUCUUCCAAUUUAACUAGAAAUCAGUGCCUGGAAUACGGAGGCCACCUAGUGGGAAGCAGUUGUAAUUACGUACCUGACAUUUGCCUGAUGUCUGCGAUGCUUUUCUUUGGAACAUUUUUCUGCUCUUCUUCCCUAAAGCAGUUCCAGAGUAGCAGAUACCUAUCUGCCUCGAUAAGGAAGCUGGCAGGCGACUUUUCAGUAAUACUGACAAUAUUAGUAUUUUGUGCAAUAGAUGCAUCUUUUGGACUGGAAACUCCCAAACUAAUUGUUCCAACUGAAUUUAAGCCUACGAACCCCAACAGGAGUUGGAUAGUCACCCCAUUUGGGAAGAACCCAUGGUGGGUGUGCCUGCUCUCUGGUAUUCCGGCAAUCCUUAUAACCAUCCUCCUAUUCAUGGAUCAACAAAUCACUGCUGUCAUUCUUAACCGCAAGGAAUAUAAGCUCAGGAAAGGUGCAGGUUUUCACCUGGACUUUUUCUGCAUCGCUCUGCUAAUCAUUAUAACGUCGUUCAUGGGCCUUCCCUGGUUUGUCUCCGCCACGGUGAUCUCCCUGGCACACAUGGACAGCUUGAAAAUGGAGAGCAACACCUCUGCCCCGGGAGAGCAGCCCAAGUUCCUGGGAAUAAGGGAGCAAAGAGUAAGCGGACUCGCAGUUUUCAUCCUCACUGGCGCCUCAGUAUUUCUGUCCCCGGUUCUCAAGUACAUUCCGAUGCCAGUGCUGUAUGGGAUAUUUCUCCAGAUGGGCAUGGCUGCACUAAGGAGCAUACAGUUUUUAGAGCGAGUGCAGCUAUUGGCCAUCCCACCCAAACACCAGCCAGAUCUGAUCUUUCUCCGCCACGUUCCAUUGCGCAAAGUCCAUUUGUUUACUUUCAUACAGACAGCGUGUCUAGUCAUUCUAUGGAUCCUCAAAUCAACUGUGGCUGCAAUCAUAUUCCCAUUGAUGCUGUUAGCCCUAGUCGGAGUCCGGAAGUCCAUGGAAUGGUUCUUCUCGCUGCAUGACUUGAGUUGGCUGGAUGACAUUUUGCCAGCAAAAGAGAAGAUUGUUCAGGAACCGAAAAAAGAAGAAAGCGACUUAAGUGACAGUGAAGAUUCGGAGUUAAAGUAUCAGGAGAAAUCGCCCGAGAUUAACAUUUCAGUGAAUUAGAUUGGGUUGUGCUGAAGAAGCGAGCAAUGUUCAACAAGGAGCCGGAUCUGAACAUCUAAAUGCUCUCAUUGAAAACCUGCUGCAACAUUCUGUGCCUCUCCGAUGAUACAUGGUGAUAUAUGGAACAGGAGACACAGCAAUAAAGCGAUCCUUACUGAUGGGAAUAUAGAGUAUAGCUAUGGAUCAGUGUUUGUUUAGCAACAGAAUAAACCUUUUUUUAAUGAAUUGCUGAUGUUUGUAUUUAUAUAUAAGUUUUUUAUUGUAGUUUUUCAUUGAAACUAGUAUUUAAACUUUUGGUAUGUAAGCAAUUUAAAUUAUAGAGUUUCUUAUGUGUCUGAUGUAUAAAAGUAAUGUAUGCAUUAGAGUAGUGUAUGUAUAAUAGUAAUUUAUGUAUUUUAGAGUAAUGUAUGUAUAACAGAAACAUGUAUUAGAAUAAUGUAUGUAACCUGCCUAGGAACGAUGUUUACCUGAUAAACAAGAACAAAUGAGUGAAGUCAUUACUGCCUAUGUAUUUAAUGAUAAAAAAUGAGGCUUUUAUGUUUUAGUAAUGCAGGUAUCAGACUAUUUUUACUACCUUGCAUGCUACAGUUUGUAUUUAUUUUCAGUAUCUUCUCAUUGCCUAUUUUAUCCACUAUCCUGGGAAACUAAGAAUGCAUUAGCAAGUAGCCUUGUCUCUGGACCAUGGCAACUACGAGAACUGCACGAGAAGAGGGAAUAACAUGGCGCACAGACAGUGCCAUAUAUAAGCCUGCAUAUUAUGCAAUAGCUAAGAGUGAGAUCUGAUCACAUAAGACCAUUGAAAUACUUCUUUGCAUUUGGUUAGCUCUAAAAUUCUGUAUUUCGGGGACAAAAAUAAAACUGAAUAAAACACAUAAGUAUUUCUAUAUACACUUCAUAAUAAAAAGCAAUUAAUAUUUGACGCAA